ACAUCGUCGUCCGUAGAGUAGUUGUUGUUCGUGACUCGACUUCUCGAGACGCAUUCGUGUACACGAUGAAAAUAUUUGGGGAAAAUCGGACAAGGGAAUAAAAAAAUUUUCCGAGUAUAUCAAUAACAAUAACGGAUUUCGAUAAAGGCGAAACAAAAUUCAAAUUAAUUUAUAACCAUGUAAACUAAACUAAAAAAAAAGAAAAAAUAAACGAAGUACGGACGUUCAAUAUUUACGGAUAAAUAAAAUGUGCUAAACCAAUCUAAUACUGAAACAAAAAAAUACACACAUGUUUUUUUUUUUUUGUCAUGUUAACGAUAAUAUACUAUACGCAAGGAACACGAGAAGCAAAAGAGGAAAUUCGACGAAUUUCAAUUGGGCGAUUUUGAUGAGAAGAGCGACCGAAGAUGGUCGGCAAUUUUAAAGAUUGAUAAAAAUAAAUACAUAAAUAAAAGAGACGAAUCGUCGGACCUGAUGCAACGUUACCAAAACUGACCAGUCACACUACCUCAGAUAUACAUUAACCAUUUGUCGUAGACUGAUUAUUAAUUAUUGAUAUUUUGACGGUAAUUAGUUCGUUUCACUUAAACAAGUUAUCGCGAGCACGUUGAAACCCGAUGAGGAAUAAUGUAACAACGAAGUACGGUGGGAGCGUUACGUGUACAGAGUGCAACAACAACGAGAACCGAUAACUGUUUCAAUUUAACGAGAAAAACGUCGGUGUAACAAGCCCGAGUACACACGUACAUUAUAUCACGAUACAUUGUGCAUAGGACAAUGUACAAACUAUAUCCGCAACUCGACAGUUCCUUGAAAACGCUGAUUAUUUGAGACUUACGUGUUUUCGUUUCCUACGUACGAUAAAUAAUAUAUUAUAUAAAUAUUUAUAAAUAUAGAAUAUAUAUAUAUAUACAGAUACCAGACACACCCCCCCCCCCCCCCACACACACACACACACACACACGCCCACAUACACGUAAUACCUCGUUGGAUGAUAAACCGUGUAAAGGAAGAACAAGAAGGAAUAAGCGAAAAUAAAACCAGGGACCGGUGAAGUGCAACAAAUCGUAUUAUUAUUCUGUGUGAUACCCGAGGCUCGCACUUGGGCUACUCGAGUGGAUGGAGUGGAAAAGUGAGAAGGAGACAACACGUCGUCACGUCGCGUAGAAUGGCAUUAUCUUAUCUUCAGGAGGCACAGAUCAACGCAGGACUCCUGACCGGCCAGCAUCUCGACAUGAAACAGGACUCGGACAAGCAGCCCAUGUCUCCGCCGUUAAACAACAACAACACAAACAACAACAACAACAACACGACAUCCUCGAUGUUCCCGGGGAUGGGAGCGGCGGCGGCGGCGGCCAGUCUUUCCAUGCUCACGCCGCAGCAGCUUUUGGCCGCGAGUCAAACCGCGGCUCUCAUGGCCGCCGGCAUUCCGGUUUCGCUGCACGCGACCCUGGCCGCGAGUCCCUCGCUCUACCGACACCACCAGACGCUUUUCGGUGGCUGGGCACCUCCCGCGGCUUCCUCGCCUCCCUCGCCCCUCCACCACCCCCAGGGGCCCGUUUCGCCGGCCCUAAGCGCCAAGUCCGCGGCCCGCCGGACGGCCAACAACAACAACAACAACGUCGUCAGCAGCAGCGCGGACCGCGUAACGAAGAAAGGCCAGCCGGCGAAGAGGCGGGCCGCCAGAAGCAAGCCGGAGGCGGCCGCUCUUUCCGUCGACGGCUCGGCGCCUCUCAGUCCUCCGACGUCGAUAAGUCCCGAGGCCAGCAAGGACACCAGGGACAAGGUCUUCACCUGCGGCGUAUGCUCGAGGUCCUUCGGCUACAAGCACGUCCUGCAGAACCACGAGCGAACUCACACGGGGGAGAAACCAUUCGAGUGUCUCGAGUGCCAUAAGAGAUUCACGAGGGACCACCACCUCAAGACCCACAUGCGUCUGCACACGGGUGAAAAACCGUACCACUGCAGCCACUGCGACCGUCAAUUCGUUCAGGUCGCGAACCUGCGUCGGCACCUCCGAGUGCACACGGGAGAGCGUCCGUACGCCUGCGAGCUCUGCGCCUCCAAGUUCAGCGACUCGAAUCAGCUGAAGGCCCAUCUCCUUGUUCACAAGGGUGAGAAGCCGUUCCUCUGCGAGCACUGCCAGAUGAGAUUCAGACGGAGGCAUCACCUCAUGCACCACAAGUGCGUUAGCGGCGUUGUAAGGUCCCAGCCUCCGUCGCUCGCCAGCGACGACCUCGACGAGGAGAUCGACAUCGACAUAGACGUUGAGAUCGAGGAACCGGAAGCUACGCCGCAGCGGAAAUCGGCCGCGACUCCGGCCCGCCGGCCGGCCCUCCACCACCAACAACUACCGACCCCGGUGGUGGACACGUCGGUUCCGAUGCCGUUGAACCUCUCGGGGGUACAGAUCGGGAUACCGGAGCAGACGGAGCCGGAGGAUCUCUCGAUGUCGACGGGCCUCCACCGGCCCCAUUCCCACUCUCACAGCAGCGGCGACUCGCCCCUGAGUCGGAGCCCCAGCAGCGACACUCCCCACGACGACGACGAGGAGGAACUAGACGUCUCCGAGGCGAGUCCCAGCACCCUGUUCCUUCGUCAGAACCGGCAGUUCAGAGAUCACCAUCACCUCCCCGGUUCUAUGGCUAGUUCCGGUGCCGGCGUCGGAAAAGGUUCCUAGUGCCGAUCCAAUUACUAAACGACCAAACGGGGGUACGUAGUUUCACCUACGUCGCUACGCGAUUCGCUUAUUAUACCGUUACGGGGUCAUUCGAAUAUCACACGUCGAGCUCUAAGGCGGUGACGCUUCGCGUUCAUUUUUUGUUUAUUUAUUUAUUUUUCUUUCUUUUUAUCCAUAUUUAUUUGUUUUUUGAUCGUACAGUCAAAUUGUCCGUCAUAUUAUUAACAGAUUUUGAAUCGUAUUAUAUAAGGAGGUGCGAGAACGAAGUAGAUCACGUCGCUUCGAGAGGGGAAGUAAAAUAACUUCGGGACGAUGUGUGAUGCGGGGGAGGGGGGCUUAAAUGGCGGACAACAGCGUCACGUAAUGUUUGGAUGGCCCCUGUAGAACAAUUGUGUCAAAAUUCGCCGCUGCGAUCUACGAACGCUGUGCACUUUCUUUUACACUUUCAACGAUUAAAGUUGUACACUUUAUAACAUUAAAAGUAAAAAAAAUUCCCCUCGGUUAUGUUUUGUUUAAAUCAUUUCAUUGUUUCACUUGUAAUAUGCGUAUCAUAUUAACGAGUUUACCGCGUUGAUUGAAUUUCCAUUUCUUUUCUAUCUCUCUUUCUUUCUCACUCUCUCUCUCUCUCUAACUCUAUUUACUUUCAUUUUCUUAUCCUUUGAUGCGUUUUUUUGUUUUUCCUUGCCGUCGAUCCUAAGUCUACGACUUAAUACCAUAAACUACAAUGCGCAAUACCUGAAAUAUUAUGUAUCGAAUACAAAUAGCCACACACUCCUUACACCGGUUCACAGUCACUAUAAUAAUAAUAAUAAUAACUGUUAAGAGGCUUCAUAUUAUAUCUAUUUUUAUUAUCACCCCAUUAUUAUUAUUAUUAUUAUUAUUAUUAUUAUUAUUAUUAUUAUUAUUAUUAUUAUUAUUAUUAUUAUUAUUAUUAUUAUUAUUAUUAUCAUCAUCGUCAUAAUUAUUAUUAUUAUUAUUACUAUCAACAACAUUAUUACCGAUACUAUACCGGUACCACCAUCUCGCGAGUAACUGACAAAAACUAUACAAGUGUAACGCUAUACAUAUUCUAUAUGUUAGCCGAUUUAAUAAUGUGUAUGAAUUAUAUACGUAAUUUCGUAUAACUGAACUACCAAUCCCUAAUUCAGGGACAGACGUUCCGUAUAUAUUAGAAUAUUACGAGUAUAUAUAUAUGUACACAUUAUACAUACGUAGAGGCGCGUAACUCGCGUGCAAAGUAUGUGACUUUAUUCUGAACGGUUAUAUAUUAUUGGAGUACGUGUAGUUAGUUGGCCAGAGCCUGAUGUACAUAGGUAUGUAUAUACGAGACGCGUGUAUAUUUAUAUAUAUAUAAAUAUAUAUAAAUAUAUAUAUAUAUAUACAUAUGUACACAUACACACACACACACCCACCCACGUAGUUGUUGUAUAGUUAGUUGGCUGAGUGUUUGAUCUCGUUUCGGUGUUAAAUAUGUGCGUGUCUGCUUGUGUGCGUGGGAAGAGAGAAAUGAGCGAAUUCGGAGAGAGAGGAAGAGAGAUAGAGAGAGAGAGUGUGAGUGAGAGAGAUAGUGAUAGCGCGGAAAACGGUUGGAGAAUGUCUAGCGGGAUAGUAUAAUAAUGAGGGAAGUGGAAUGACGAUAGGUAUGGGAAAAAAUAUUUAGAAGGGGGAGACCGAGAUGAAUAAGUAUAUAGGAAAGAAGGAAUGAAUGUUCUGGUAUACAAGUUCCUCUGACAGUAAAAGUAGCGAGGGACGAAGGACGGCUGAUCGACGUUCCUCCGUUCUUAUCGAACAAGAAACAAAACAAAGAAAUGAUUCAAAAUUAACUUGAACAAAAAAUCCAAAAAAAUCCAAAAAAAAAAAAUUAAAUCAAAAAUUUCGACAAAACGAAAAAAAAAACAAAAAAAAACGACAAAACAAUCGAAACGAUCCUCGUCGGCGUUUUAGCGAUUUAUGAUAUUAUAAUAUAUAUAUGUAUAUAUAUAUACAUAUGGUAGUUGCCACAAUUUGGGAUUUGUAUUGACUGAUAAGAAUUUUUUUUGUCUGUGUCGUCCGACUGUCGCUGCUUUGUGUUACACUAUAUCAUUACUACUAUUGUCAUUAUUAUUAUUAUUAUAUUAUAUAUAAAUGUAUACUAUUAAUAUCUUUAUUUAUAAUUAUUUUAUUUUAUAUUAUUAUUAUUAUUAUUAUUUGCCUGGCUAGCGUGCCGUGUUGUUAUAUGUACGAUUCCUAACAUUGUAUGUGUAUAAAAGAAUAACGUGAAUAGAAAAACCAAGAACCUGUUGAAAUACAUGUACAUAUAUUUGAAAUCGACCAUUAUUAUUUUAUUUUUUUACUACACAUCGCACUGUUCGUCAUGUACAUAUAUGCAUACGUGUAUAAUAUUUUAUUCGAUGUAAGAAAAUUCAGUCCGAGAUCAGAUUUUGACACGUGAUUUUCGAUCGUUCGUUUCUCUCGGUUCUACGUGGCGAAAUGGAAACUCAUUCGUAUUUUGAUUCUCGUUCAUCUACGCGUCGAUUCCGCACCGUUUUGCAUAUAUAAAUAUAUACAAUGCGAAAAUCUCGUCGAAUUAUCGAAUCCCCGGGAGUUUGAAAAUGCAAACGAACGUUCGUUCGGUUUCGACUGCGAGGCUAUAUCCCACCGACCAUACGGAUCAUUUCGAUUCAAGGUCAAACGCGGGUCAUUGUGUUGCGCAAACAGGUAGAUUUCUAACGUUUCUUACACCGUACGCGUCUCGCCCCCACCGGUUUUAGAACUACCGACUCGACCGUCGGUUGCACUCCGGUGAUUUAUGCAUACCGAGGCACCCGGGACAUGCAAAUUUCCGUCAAAGCCAAACUGCCAGCUACGAGGUCACGCCGUGCCGCUCUCAUUUUUCCCGUCGUUCCUGUUGAUCCUCGGCAGAUCCUUCGCCCGGGCGCCGCACAAAGGACGUUUCGGUUAGUGCGAGUAUCGCGUUUGAAACGCUCAGGAGCUACCCGUUUGCCCACCUCAGCCAUAAUGUUCUUUCAUUUUCGAGCUCCCGCGUAUCGCGAUGCGCCGCAGGUAGAAAAAGCAUACUUUCCCGCGAAACGCCGAAUCCGGGGAUUCAAAUUCGCACUCCGCAACAUUGAGAGGGAAAAAAUCUCCCCCGCCUCGAUGCACCUUUUCAACCUCCCUCGAGGACCUUCGCGUUAUAUACCCCUGAAACGAAACACAAUAACGCGUGUGUCUCGCUCGCGCCUGCGCCCAAAAACUCGUACCUAUUUCGACUCGGUUCAUCGGUCGCGAUCAAGAUCCUCAUCCCUUUACGCCAGGAUAAUCCUUACUCGAGUCGCAGCGAUUGUAAAAAAAUUUCCUCUCCUUUCUUUCCUCUUUUUCAUCUCUUUCCGCUCCGCACACUCGAUUCGCAGGUCUCCGGUAGACGGAGAAACGAAGGCACUCGCCGCACCUCGGCUGAUCUCAUUUUCCGCAAACCGUUUCUGUAUUCCGAAACUUUCACUCCAUGCAUGCUGCGCCGGAAAACCUCGCAGCAUCUCCGCAGGACGCCAAGAUUUCACUCAUUUUUCACGACUCUGACGUCGGCGGAGAAACGGAAAGCUGCCGCCUCUCGUCUCGGGUCUUUCGUAUUCCCCGUUUUCUCAGCUUCGGUUCUCGUCCAGCCUCGACGGCUCUCGCACAUGUUGCGGUGUUUGAAAAAAAUUUCUAUUUCCCUCCGACCGGGCGACUCGACUUUCCGAAUGAAAUGAGAGAUCGGCAAACGCGUUUCGAAGCUUUUGGGAACCGAUACAUUUUUCAAUCGAAUAAAUCGUCAAAACGUGAACCGUGUCAAAAUUUCGUUUACUUUUUCUUUCCGUAUCGCACACAACGCACGUACAGAUACGUCGCACAGGCACACGCAAGUUAGCCGGUAAUUAAUUUGCCAGCGAGGCGAGAUGGGUCGACAGCAGUAUCAGGCCUGCACGGAAAAAAACUUUAACGUAUAUAGAUUAUUCAUCUGUUGUUCGAUGAAUAUAUGGACAGGAUUUUUUUCGACUAAAAUCUCCGUUAAUUGUGGUACGUCUACCUAAAGAUAUUGAAACUCUUACUAUCGGUUUUCUAACUCUUGUUUUCUCGGAUUUGUAGAUCUUGACGCGUUUGCUUCAACUCGAAAAAAGCUACAAAGAAAUUGCUGUCCACGUAUUCGUCACAGAUGUAAAAUCUACCAUAUUUUUUGUUCCGUGUGACCAUGGGGAUCAGAAGCAUCGCGACCCCGUGCGAUCGUAAUAUUUCUAGGGUUGUAGCCCGGCACCCUGCGGGUAUUAAUUCGAACUGCGGACCCUUCACGGUCGUAUGAAAUGAAUUUAUCACGUGAUAGGCCUAUGCAGGGUAUACCUUGCAUUAUGUAACCAGACGUUGCGUAUAAUAUGCAUAACAAUUAUUUCGAGUAACAGGAGUAUAAUAGCGACGGCGGCAUCGCUUUUUCGGCACAUGUAACAACUAACGAAUUACUUGUUAGUCCAAAGUUUUCUCAGGAAUUGGGUGAAACCGGUUUUUCGUCAUCUGUUUGUUUCUUUCUUUGUAUUUGUUUUCUUGUUCGUUUCGUCGGUGUUUCUUUUUAGUUUCUCUUUUUUUCUUCGUUUUUUUUUUUUUUUUUUUUUUAUUUUUUAUUUUUCUCGUUACGUACCGAAAACGAAACGGUUACACAUGGUGAUUGUGUGUUUGGAUUCGAUUUUGUGUGGUACUUGUGGUGUAGGUUGAAUUGCAAAUUACAGUGAUAAGUUUCCCAUGUUAUACUAUAGCUAUAUAACAUAAGUAUAAUGGUAUAAUAGCGUAUGCGCGCAGAAUAGAGUAUCGACUAAACUGGUAGGGGAAAUAGCAAGAGGCCAAGAAAUUGAUAGAGAAAAAAGGGGGAAACAAUGCCAAACAAUAGUAUUACCAAAAAUCGCAUUGUUAUACGUAGGUAAAAUAAUAAUAAUAUGUUAGUUGAACGACUAGUCUAGACUCUAUUCUAUACGUCGAAUGUUAUAUUUAUUUCUCACCUUAUUAUUAAUAUUAUUAUUAUUAUUAUUAUCAUCAUCAUCGUCAUUAUUACAUAUAAGUCAUUAUGCAGGUAUACACGUAAUUAUUGAAGCUGCGUUGUGAAAAAGACUUGAAUGUUUUACGGACUCGGUUUUAUAUUCGCACGGUAUAACGUAAGGACUGAUUUUAAAAUUUGCCUCAACGAGAGAUACACUUAUGACUAUAUUAUAACUGACUACCUAUACACUCGUUACAUUACAUUACAUUAUGUAUGCGCGUAAGAAGCUUGAGAAGAAGAAGAAGAAGAAGAAGAAGAAACAAGCAAAGAAUCGCAAAUUUCCUAUAACGCAAAGUUGAUUUCCUCGAGUCACGCGAUAACUGAUGUACGUAUAACUACAUACUGAAACUAUAAUAUUAUACCUAUAACGUAACUGAUAAACAAUGAUUCCUAUUUUUUAAUACGCAGUUAAUAUUAUCACAACUUGUCGUACCGUAUCGUCGGAUUCGUUAUUCGUACAGUUUUCACGGACGGGUUACAAGACAUUAAACCGCAUGUAUCAUAUUAUUGUAUAAUCAAGUUCAAAGUUGAAAUGAAAAAAGAAAACGAGAAGGAUGAAUAGCCAAAUGAUGUUAAUAUUAUUAAUUUUAUUAUUAUUAUUAUUACUACUACUACUACUACUACUAUUAUUAUCGGUAUUGUUUUUAUUGCUGUUGGCUUCUGAUCUUAAAUACCAUGUGUAUAUAUAUAAUACAUAUAUAUAUAUAUAUAUGUAUUUGUGUCAAAUAGCUGGUAGGUCGAUAAUUAUAAGUAGAUUAUUAUUAUUAUUAUCAUUAUAAUUACCAUGCUGGGAUAAAAAAACUGCAUCGCUGAAAUUUCAAAAUUUUUGUCAUAAUCUGUCAUUUAGAAAUCAUACGAACCGCCGUAUGUUUUGAUUAGGUGCAACGAAAGAAAUACAAAAAAAAAAAAAAAAAAAACGAAGAAACAAACGACAGCGAUGAAAUUCUUGAUGGUUAAAUUAGAUUCUUGUAUAGGUCUGAUUAAAUUUAGAUUAAAUCAUGCAUUCGGGAACUAGGUCCCGCAACGAUCUCGGUGACGCAUAUACUUCAUUGCAUAAUCUACGUAUGGUAUAUAUAAAGUGGUAUAUAACUAGGCGUUAGGGUAGUCUUAGCAAUUUUGUACAGAUAUCUCGAGAUAUAUCCUGUACAGAGUAUUAUAUCUAUAUGUACGUACAGUAAUGUCAAUUAAUAGGUUCCCAGUGGCUCAGUUUUUUUUUUUUUUCUUUUUUUUUUAAUACAUCUAGAAAAAAACUGAAACGAGUUUCUUUACCAAGUAAAUUUCAUGUGCCAAUGACUCGCGACCCAAAUGACAGGACAGAGAAACGAUGCGUUUGAUCAUAGAAGCGUAAAAUUUUCAUUGAAAAUAAGCUUGUUUCAGUUUUGAUUCCACAAAAAUAGCGAGCCAGUGAAAACCCAUUGCUGUACAUUAUUGUACAUAAUCGUUCGUAUGUAUAAAUAUUAUAAAUGAUUAAUCGCCCGAAUUUGAACACGUACGAAACGCUGACCAUUUUACACGCAAAACCGAUAAGUUAAACGCGUUGUGUGUACAAUGCAUACGAUGUCGAAGCCUCAUUAGUCAUCGAACGAUAUGUUAACUAUUGAUUUCAAUAACGCAAUCCUCAGUUCCUAAAUCGAAGGUGAAGAAUUGAUAGUUUUCUCAGCUGGACUUGGCAAUUUUUUCAUUUAUCGCCAGUAAAACUAAAAGGGCAACGAUCAGUCGACGCUACAGUUGUUGAAUAUCGAUUCAUACUCUAAUUGUCAUUUGAUAUUUUGAACUGUCAUUUUUUCGCAUCGGAAUUUAGUAGAGUCAGUCAUUAUUUCUCGGUCGUCUUCCCAAUAAUUGAAGAAACAAUAACUAAAUGCAAAUGAAUAAUUAACGCUUCUCGAAUCUGUUCAAAUUCUCGCAAGCAACGAGACACGGUACAAAAUCAGACCUUAUGAUAAAUAACAAACUAAAUUAACAAUAAUAUGUUUCUAUAAAAUAAUAAUGAAUAAUAAUAUCUGCAACCUACUACUACUACUACUACUACUACUACUACUACUACUACUAAUACUACAAAUCCUAUGAUACAUAUACAUAUACUUUAUAGCAAAAGUUACCACCGGUCAAAAUAUUUCCUCUCACCGUUGUUGAAAAGAGAAGUGAAAAACAAACGUCAUGAUCGAGUUUUAAAAGGUUGCAACAGAGAAAUCAAAAUCACAGGCAUUGAGAGUGAUUUAUUGGACUCGCGUGGUUACUGACGGUGUAUACUACUAAUGAACAUGACGCUACCUCACAUGAAAAAAAAAAACACACCUAAGAUAUCUCAACCACAAGAC